AUGGCAAUGAUUUGGCUGCUAAUUUUGUUGCCAGUGAUUCUGGUCCUUCCUAGUGCGGAGUCCAAAAAAGUUAUACCCGUUGCAAUUUUCGUCGAUGAUGACGACCAUUUUGAGGUGUCGACUGUGGCCAUUGCUAGUGCAAUGCGUAGGGUCAAUUUAGUUCAAAUGACUAACUAUUUUCUUAAGCCAUACAUAUACGAGGCUCAUAGAAAAGAUAUUCUUAACAUAGAAGAAUUAGUGAGCGAUUUAAUGAAGAAAGGCAUAGCGGCAAUAUUUGGGCCCGAGUCACCUGAGAUUAAUGAAAUAAUUCAAUCAGUGUCUACCACCCUGCAAAUUCCACAAUUUCAGACGUUCUGGAAUCCCAAAUUGUCCUCAUAUUCCGGCAGGCUGCCACCCGACGAGUCUAUUCAGAUUUUCAACUUGUACCCCAGUCCGCAGACCCUCUCCAAAGCGUUAGCGACUCUGUUGAACAUAAACGCUUGGAGUACCUUCACUGUGAUCUACGAGGACGACGAGGGACUCCUCAGGCUCCAGGAGGCCCUAAAGCAGCGGAAGCCGAAGGAUCCUGCUAUAUCUUUCAGAAAGCUGGGACCCAGCGAUAAUCACAGGUCAGUGUUGAAAGAAAUUAAAAACACAGGAGUACUAAAUUUCAUCCUCGACUGCAAGACAGACCAUAUAUUGGAUAUUUUAGGAGAAGCCAGAGAACAUAAAUUGUUAUCAGAAUAUCACAGCUAUAUACUGACGAACUUGGACACGCAUACGUUGGACUGGUCCAGCUUCAAAGACAUUAAAAGCAAUAUAACAAGCUUCCGACUGAUAAAUACUACAAGCCAUAUCACCGGUACAGUGGUAGAAUGGAACAUGUUAUUGAAUUAUAGUAUACUGGACACGGUACGAAGCCCCGUUAUUCAGAAGGAAUUAGAUAGAUUCCGUAUUCGAUAUCCUUACCCUGCUAUCAAGGCAGAAGCAGUUAGGGUCAAGUCGGCGCUGCUCUAUGAUGCCCUAAAUUUAUUCCUCACGGUAUUUGGUGAACAGGACGCCAAAGAGGAAUUGGUAUUGACUCCAGUGAGCUAUGAAGAAUUCAAUAUUUCGUGGCAUGGUCUCCGCAUUUCCAACGCCAUAAAGGAGAAAAAAUUUUAUUCUGGUGUUCUACUCCGACCCCUCACAGGACCAAUCACAGAAUUUACCAGCUGGGGGCAAAGACUAAACUGUGAACUUGAGGUGAUAGAACUUACAAAGCAAAAAUUCAGGACCAUAGCGGUUUGGAAUUCAGAGGCGGGUGAUAAAGUUCACUUUGCCAUAUGUUCGGAAUGUCGGCAAAAGCAAGUAAAGGAAGAAAUCCAGGGCAAAAACUUCAGAGUAGUAUCCAGAUUAGGACCCCCAUAUCUGAUGAAGAGACCCAACCCCGAGGGUAAUCUUAUGGGUAAUGACCGUUUUGAGGGAUACGCAAUGGAUCUGAUGAAGGAAAUAUGCAAACCUGAAAAUUUGAAUUGCAGCUAUACAUUUCGCUUGGUGGACGAUGGUCAUUAUGGAAACCGAGAUUCCAAGACGAAAAAGUGGAACGGUCUUAUCAAAGAAGUAUUGGAACUGAAAGCUGACUUGGCGGUUUGUGAUUUGACAAUAACAUACGAAAGAAGAACAGCAGUGGAUUUUACAUUGCCUUUUAUGACAUUAGGCAUUAGUAUUCUGCACGCGAAGGCAGUCAAGGAGCCGCCCGAACUUUUAUCUUUCAGCCAUCCCUUAUCUCUGGACGUCUGGCUGUACAUGGCUACGUCCUACGUGGUUAUUUCCAUGAUAAUCUUCUUAGUCGCAAGGUUGAAUCCAAAUGACUGGGAAAAUCCACAUCCGUGUGAACCCUGUCCGAGAGAGCUGGAGAAUAUUUGGAACAUGAAAAAUUGCCUCUGGUUGACCUUAGGAUCCAUUAUGGCCCAAGGCUGUGACAUCCUACCCAAGGGAAUAUCAACACGAAUGGUGACCAGUAUGUGGUGGUUUUUCUCCUUGAUCAUAACAGCUUGUUACACUGCCAAUUUAGCAGCCUUCCUCACCAUGGAACGGAUGGGUCCAACUAUAGAAAGUGCUGAGGAUUUGGCAGCUCAGAAUAAAAUCAAAUAUGGAUGCGUUUCAGGAGGGGCUACGGAAGCCUUUUUCAAGGACACCAACUUCUCCACCUACCACCGUAUGUGGGUGCAGAUGGAAUCCGCCGAGCCAACCGUGUUCGAAACGGGCAACCCGGAGGGUGUCAAGCGCGUACUGAACAGUAAGAGGCAAUACGCUUUUCUCAUGGAGAGCUCCUCCAUAGAAUACCAAACGGAGAGGAACUGCGAACUGAUGCAGGUGGGGAACACGUUGGACUCCAAGGGAUACGGCAUCGCCAUGCCGACUAAUGCACGCUACAGGAAGGCCAUAAACGAGGUGAUCCUGAGGCUUCAAGAAAUGGGAUUUCUUCUAAAACUAAAAAACAGAUGGUGGAAAGAAAAAAAUGGAGGCGGUCAGUGCAAGGAGGACAAACAUUCCGAUGAGGAGGCGGCCACGGAGCUGGGGUUGGACCACGUGGGUGGCGUGUUCGUGGUACUAGCCGCCGGUGUUUGCAUAGCACUCGUCAUCGCCGUCUGCGAGUUCCUGUGGAGUGUGCGGAAAGUCGUCGUUGUCGAGCACUUAACCCUUAAAGAAGCAUUCCACAAAGAAUUGAGGUUUGCCUUGGACAUUUGGGCAAGAAAAAAGGCUACAUUUUGCCCACCAUCCAUAGAAAAGUCAUUUAGGUGAUUGGAUCAGUAAUUACUG